UCCUUUCUAGCCCAUCUAUUCCUACCUUGGAAGAAGUAAUUGCAAGAUUACUAGGCAUCACAUCUGCACCACCAGAGGUAAAUUCUUAUGAUGCAUCUAUCAUGGCUGUCCAAACUAACAAUUUCCAAGGUGGAUACAGGAAAGGAAAAUGGAGGAACAAUAAACAUUGCACUCAUUGUAAUAAGGGAGGACAUAUACGAGAGGAAUAUCGACUUCCCCUCUUACAUUGUACUCAUUGUAAUAAGGGAGGGCAUAUAAGAGAAGAAUGUUGGCUUCUUCAUGGUAAGCCUCCACACAAUAAAGAUCGUCCUCGACACACAGCAAAUAUUACUCAUAAUGGAGAUGGUAUUCUACCUAUACCUAAUGCCAAGGAUGGAUCAUCUCAAUCAAUCACAUUAACUGGAGCAGACUAUAAUGACUACCUUCAGUACCAAACAUCAAGGCAACAAUUAUCAACCUCAUCGGCUGCUUGCACAGCACAAUCUGGUAACUCCUUUGCUUAUGUCGCACAAUCUUCAUCUCAGGGACAAUGGAUUCUUGAUUCUGGUGCUUCUGACCAUAUUUCUGGAUCGGAGUACGGGACAGAUGAUUGGAAAAGGACAUGAGUCACAAGGAUUGUACCUGCUAUCUAUUCCAACACCACAUGUUGCUUUCACUUCCGCUGUUUCUUUUGAAUUGCUCCAUAGUCAAUGGGGUCAUCCAAGUCUCUUGAAAUUGCAGAAGAUGGUCCCCUGUUUAUCUAGUUUAUCUUUGUUAGAAUGUGAGUCGUGUCAACUUGGGAAACAUACUUGUGCCUCUUUCCCAAAGCGCAUCAAUAAUAGGGCUACCUCUAUGUUUGAAAUUGUUCAUUCUGAUAUAUGGGGUCCAAGUUGUGUCAGUUCUUCCUUAGGCUUUCAUUAUUUUGUUACUUUUAUUGAUGACUAUUCUCGAUGCACAUGGUUAUUUUUAAUGAAGAAUAGAUUUGAGUUAUUCUCUAUCUUUCAGAAAUUUUGUGCUGAAAUUCACAAUCAAUUUGGUAUUUCCAUUAAGAAGUUAAUCAGUGAUAAUGCCCGAGAAUACUUCUCUACUUCUCCCUCUUCUUUUAUGUCAUCCCAGGGCAUAUUGCACUUGUCUUCUUGCGCACAUACUCCUCAACAAAAUGGAGUUGCUGAGCGAAAGAACAGACAUCUAAUUGAAACAGCUCGGACAUUGCUCAUUCACAAUCAUGUCCCUUUACGUUUUUGGGGUGAUGCCGUUAUUAUUGCUUGUUAUUUAAUCAAUCGCAUGCCUUCAUCUGUUUUGCAGUACCAAAGUCCACACUCAGUCCUCUAUCCGGACCAAAAUUUGUUUCCUCGUCCUCCACGUGUGUUUGGUUGCACCUGUUUUGUCUUAAUCUUACCCCUGGAAAAGAUAAACUUCAGCACAAGGCUUUCAAAUGUGUCUUUCUCGGGUAUUCUCAUCUACAAAAAGGUUACAAAUGCUUUGAUCCCUCUACUAAUAAAUACUUGAUCUCUGCAUAUGUUACUUUUUUCGAGACUUCUCCGCAUUUUUCUCCUAAUACGAAAAAUCAAAAGGCCAUAUCAGUCCUUCCAAUUCCAAUUAUUCCAAUCCCAGCUCCACCUCCGACUCUUAAGGUCUAUUCCCGACGACCUCAACCUCCUUCUGAGCCUCCUAAUCCAAUUAGUAUUUCUAACUCUGAUACAGGUACACAAAGCAAUCCCGGUGACUCAUUACUUGCUCCAACAACGUCUUCUACUUCGGUCGAGCACUUAUUAGAUGAUCUUCCCAUUGCUCUUCGCAAACGUACUAGAACUACUGCCAAUCAAACUCCCAUUUAUGCUUAUUUAAGUUAUCAUCGUCUGUCACCAUCAUAUCAUGCCUUUCUCACUAGCUUAUAAUCAAUUCAAGUUCCCCAUAUCUCUUCUUUUCUUCUUCUAAUUUCUCAUGGUAUCAGAGCAGGGCCCCUCUCACCCAAUGUUGGGAGCCCA